AUGAAUGCAAUCGUUGAUGUGGUCGAGGUGUACAUCACGAAGGUUUUCCGUGACCUCUCUGAGCAGCUGAUCGUGGGCGCCCAGAGGUGGCCCUGGCUGGAAUUGGCCUGUUGCACGGUGUCCGUGUCCGCUGGGUUCAUUCUGGCCAGUUCGUUCUGUUACAAGGACGUGGCUGAGGACGAACCCAAGUGCAGGACACAGGCUCGGAGGCAGAGUCUUCUGUCGCUUACAGGGAUCGCCAUGGAAGUUGAUGAUUGUCUAAUGGAACAUCCCGCCACCAGUGUCCGAACGAGACGCAAAGGGGCCGCGAACUUGUUGGCGAUUGUGAUCCUGUCCCAGGGAAAGUGCGGUCUCUCCAAAUGUAUCACUCUCUACCUUGUGGGAAUGGCAGCGGCUGAUCUCGUGGUCGUUAUUUCGAAUCCGCUGCUGAAGCGGACUGCUGAGAUUUAUUUUCCCCGAUCAUUCCUGUUCAUCACUCCUGUGUGCAGACUCGUCACGUGGCUGAUGUUUGCGAGCACUGCGACCUCAGUCUGGCUGACGGUCGCUUUCACCGUCGAUCGAUUUGUGGCUAUUUGCUGUGACAAGCUGAAAACUAAAUAUUGCACCGAGAGAACGGCGGCUGUCGUUAUUGGGACAGUGAGUGUGCUGGCCUGUUUGGUGACUGUUCCCUGGGGCUUUCAGUACGAGUCUGGAGAAAUAAUUGAUGGUGUUUCCUGGUAUUGUGUUUUAAAACCGAGCUUCACAAACUCUCCCUCAUGGGUCGCAUUUGAGAUUUUUCACCGCAUUUUCUAUCCUUGCGUCCCUUUCAUUCUGAUGUUGCUGUUCAAUAUUCUGACUGUCAGGCGGAUUCUGGCGACCAGUCGAGCCCGCAGGGGCCUCCGGGGACAAAAGAGUGGAGAGAAUGACAAGGACCUGGAGAUGGAGAACCGACGCAAAUCCAUCGUUUUGCUCUUCAGCAUAACCGCUAGUUUCAUAUUGUUGUGGGGAACACUGGUGGUAUUUUUUAUCUAUAGUCGGAUUACAAGGCGUUUUGUUUAUUCUGUCACGGAUCCCGGUUACGUCACAGCCCAAGCAUCGAUAAUGCUGCAGGUUCUCAGUUCCUGCACCAACACGUGUAUUUACGUCCUGACUCAGAGCAAAUUCCGAGAGGAACUAAAGAACGCGGUAAAAUACCCACUGAAUCGGAUUUUGAAACUCAUGAAACAUUUUGCAGCUGAGGACUGCAGACGAGCCAAUCUUGUUCUGCGGUUUAAUGAGGGUUUUAGUGACAAACCAGGAAACUACAUAGUUGACACCGAAUUUAGUGCAGUUGCGGACAAUGUGGAGGAAUGCCAAAUGGUUCAGCAGAACACAGACCAGCUGGAAAUCUGA